AUGGAAGAACAGCAGGACCACACGAACCAAGUGGCCUUGAAAAUAGGCUUGAUUGGGGACUCCCAGAUCGGCAAGACGUCGUUGAUGGUCAAGUACGUGGAAGGGUCGUUUGAUGAGGACUACAUCCAGACAUUGGGGGUCAACUUCAUGGACAAGAAGAUCCAGAUCCGCAACAACACCAUAACGUUCUCGAUCUGGGAUCUCGGAGGCCAGAAGGAGUUCAUCAACAUGUUGCCGUUGGUGUCCAACGACGCGGUGGCCAUCCUCUUCAUGUUUGAUCUCACCCGCAAGCUGACCUUGAACUCGAUCAAAGAAUGGUACCGCCAGGUGCGUGGGUUUAACAAGACCGCCAUUCCGUUCUUGGUAGGCACCAAGUACGACCAAUUCAUCGACCUCUCCUACUCGGACCAGUUGGAGAUCACCCAACAGGCCAAGAAGUUCGGCACGGCCAUGAAGGCCCCUGUGAUUUUCUGCUCCACCAGCCACUCCAUCAACGUGCAAAAGAUCUUCAAGAUCAUACUAUCCAAGGCAUUCGACUUGCGCUUGAACCUCGACGAGAUUGUCAACGUUGGCGAGCCCUUGUUGAUCUACAAAUGA